UAAGGCCCAUCUCAAAAUCUGAAGUCUAAAAACCUAAGAAAUAUCAAAGAAAUAUUACAUUUUUAUCAGAUAAGGUGAACAGGCGUCUUCUUCCAUUGAAGUUUGAACCUCUUUUCCUCUUCAGUUUUCAAACCAUGUUCUCUGCAACUGUGAACACCCUCACAACCAUCGCUCUUUCCAAUUCCAAUAAACCUUUCUCUUCUUCUUUCCUUGGCCCUUGCUUUCCUCUCUUUAUCUUCCAAUCGCCCUCCCCAAAAGCCCCUCUAAAACCCAUAUUAGCCUCUCUAAUCCCCGCCUCUCCACCUCCUAAGCAGCAAUUAUACCAGCCCUUUAGACCUCCUCCUUCCCCUCUCCCUUCCCAGUAUCGCUCCCUCGACACUGCCUCUCGUCUCGAUAUCCUUGCCAAUCGCCUUGGCCUCUGGUAUGAAUACGCACCUUUAAUUCCCUCCCUCAUUCGAGAAGGCUUUACCCCUCCAUCCAUUGAGGAAGCUACGGGCAUUUCCGGGGUAGAGCAGAACCGUCUAGUGGUUGCAGCUCAGGUUCGUGAAUCUCUUGUUCAAUCUAACACUGACCCUGAAAUUGUUUCCGCAUUUGACACUGGUGGCGCAGAGUUACUUUAUGAAAUUAGGCUCCUGAGCGCAACACAGCGGGCUGCAUCCGCCCGCUUCAUCAUCGAGCACAAGUUAGAUGUCAAGGGCGCGCAAGACCUAGCACGCGCCGUGAAGGAUUACCCUCGUAGGCGCGGGGAGAAGGCAUGGGAGAGCUUUGAUUACACUCUCCCUGGAGAUUGUCUGUCGUUUAUGUAUUACAGGCAAUCCAGAGAGCAUAAGAGCCCAUCGGAGCUAAGGACAAAUGCUUUGGAGAUGGCAUUGGAUGUUGCAGAGUCUGAAAAGGCAAAAAGUGCGGUCUUGAGCGAACUGCAAGGGGAGGGUGAAGGGGAAGAUGGGAAGGAAGAGGAAAUGGGAGAAGGAAUUCGUGUUCCAGUUGUGAGAUUGAGGAUUGGUGAGGUUGCAGAGGCAACUAGUGUAGUGGUUUUACCUGUUUGUAUGGCAGAGGAGAGGGAAAGAGAAAUUUUAGAAGCUCCAUGGGAGUGCGGGACUGAGGGUGAGUUUGGUGUGGUGGUGGCAGAGAAAGGGUGGAAAAGGUGGGUGGUAUUGCCAAGGUGGGAGCCAGUGGUGGGGUUAGAGAAAGGGGGAGUGGUGGUGGCUUUUGCAGAUGCAAGGGCUUUACCUUGGAAGGUGAAUAGAUGGUAUAAGGAAGAGGCUAUUUUGGUGGUGGCUGAUAGGGGAAGGAAGGAGGUGAAUGUGGAUGAUGGAUUUUACUUGAUGGCUGUUGACGACAAUGGUGAUGGUCGUAGUGGUGCAUUGAAGGUGGAGAGGGGUUCAGAGUUGAAGAAAAGGGGUGUUGGGGAGAGUUUAGCGACAGUGUUAUUAGUGGUAAGACCACCAAAAGAAGAGACUGAUGAUCAACUGAGUGAUGAAGAUUGGGAGUGAAAAGGAUAGUGGGACAGCAAUGCAGUGUUAAUCUUGAUUAGAUGGAGGAUAUUGCUGGUAAAUGAUAAAGAAGGAAACUUGAACCUCUUAUUAAUGAGGGCUUCAUUUAAUACCCAGUGGCAGGUUUUUGCUUUCCAUUUUGUUGCCAAAACUAGCUAUGCUGGUGUAAUGCUUAUACCUUAGAGCCAAUUCUUUUUGCCUUUUUUUUUUACCAAACGAAUUCAUAAGCCAUUGUCCUUUUACAUUUCUUUAUCAUAAUAUAUAUAUUGGAUUGUUCAA